GUAAACGUCAUUGACACGACUGACUUUCCUUUCGACACGGCAUCUUCAUAGUUUUUAUUGUUUAUAUUUUUAAUUUAAUGGGAAUGCAGUAAUUCAGAAAUCUCCAAAAAUGAGAAUCACAAAUGUUAGACGUGGUAGGAUCAUCCGUAUGAGUGCCGUUUGUGCAGUUUUAUUAAUUUUAAUUUAUGCUCUGCACAAUUACUCUCGUGCUAACAUUGCUAAAGAUACGGAAGAAAUACUGGGAUCAAAUUCACACGCUGAAUAUUACAAGUCCCACAAAAAUGUAUAUCCUACAUUAAAAACAGAACUUGGUAAUUUUGAGCCAAAAGUGAAGACGAAAGUGAAGGGGCCAGGUGAAGGUGGAGAGCCCUACCACAUGGCACAGGAUAGAGCAAAUGAUAUAGCAGAGUCAGAGAGUGAAUAUGGCAUGAACAUAGCUGCCUCAGAUGAUAUUGCUAUGAACAGAACUGUAACCGACACGCGUUUGGACGAAUGCAAAUACUGGCAUUACCCAGAAGACCUGCCGACCACGUCGGUCAUCAUAGUUUUUCACAACGAAGGCUUCUCAGUCCUCAUGCGGACUGUCCACUCGGUUAUAAAUCGAUCGCCGCCCCACAUUCUUCAUGAGAUUGUAUUGGUAGAUGACUUCUCCGAUAAAGAUAACCUCAAACAAAAUCUCGAUAACUACAUCAAACGAUGGAACGGCAAAGUCCGUCUUAUAAGAAAUACUCAAAGAGAGGGACUUAUCAGAACAAGAUCGAGGGGUGCCCAAGAAGCUACUGGUGACGUCAUAGUGUUCCUGGACGCACAUUGUGAGGUCAAUGUAAAUUGGUUGCCUCCACUCCUUGCCCCUAUUUACAGGGACUAUAGAAUCAUGACUGUACCAGUCAUAGAUGGUAUUGAUCAUCGAACAUUCGAGUACAGACCGGUAUACCAACAUGGAACAAAUUACAGGGGAAUAUUCGAGUGGGGAAUGCUUUACAAGGAAAACGAAGUGCCUGAUAGAGAAGCUAAUGAGCACAAACACAAAUCAGAACCAUACAAGAGUCCAACCCACGCUGGUGGGCUAUUUGCAAUAAAUAGAAGAUAUUUCCUGGAGAUUGGUGCUUACGACCCUGGCCUUUUAGUUUGGGGUGGAGAAAACUUCGAGCUCAGUUUCAAAAUAUGGCAAUGCGGUGGUAGCAUUGAAUGGGUGCCGUGCUCCAGGGUUGGACACGUAUAUCGUGCAUUCAUGCCCUACUCUUUUGGUAAUUUGGCGAAGAACCGUAAAGGUUCCCUCAUUACCAUUAACUACAAGCGUGUUAUCGAGACUUGGUUUGACGAGGAACAUAAGGAAUAUUUCUAUACAAGAGAACCGAUGGCCAGGUUCUUAGAUAUGGGCGAUAUAAGUGAGCAGAUCGCGCUCAGGGACAAGUUGAAGUGCAAAAGCUUUGGAUGGUUUAUGGAAAAUGUUGCGUACGACGUGUACGAUAAGUUCCCCAAAUUGCCCAAGAAUGUACAUUGGGGUAUGGUAAAGAAUAAAGCCACUGGUGUCUGUCUGGAUACGAUGGGCAAAGCAGCUCCAGCGUAUAUUGGUACAUCCACAUGCCACGGGGCGGGCAACAACCAAUUGUUCCGGCUGAACGAGGCGGGCCAGCUCGGUGUUGGCGAGAGAUGCGUGGAGGCCGACUCGGAUAGCGUGAAACAGGCGAUAUGUAGGCUCGGUACUGUUGAUGGGCCGUGGAGGUACGACGACGAACAUAAACACAUAAUCCACAGACUGCACAGUCACUGUUUGACAUUACAACCGCAUUCGCGCACAUUAGGCUUAGCACCCUGUGACCCCAAUAACACUUACCAACAGUGGACAAUCACGCAUAAAAAACCUAACUGGUGAGACUGACACUUCGCGGAAAAAAUAGUAUAAAUAAAGAAUGUAAUUAAAAAUUGAGAGAGUAGUUGCAAAAAAGUAAGGCCAUAGAUUAUACACAUUGAUUUUUGACAUCUGUCAAUGUUAUUUCGUGCAGUAAAAUCGUCUAGAAUUCGAAAUGCUACAGCAAUAUUAUUAUAUUAUACAUUUGCGAUAGCUUUAAUGUUUUUAAAAUGAGAAUGGAAACAACUGAAGUCAACAGACCUUAGAAAAAUGCAUUCUAUACAAAAAGUUUUUGUCUAUGGUAAAAUUGUUGUGACAUGUAUGAAAUUCCCUCGAUGAUAAGUGCAUGAAAUUAAUAUCCCGAUAAAUUAAAACAAAUGUAAAGCUUAAGUAAUUUUGAGUUGUAUUGUACUUGUUAAUAAAUGUGGAUACCGGCAAUAAAUAUUAAGUAAUUUUACAAAAAUAUGCGGAUUGGCAUAUUCUAUUUAUUAAAUAAAAAGCCUUAUUUUAAUGAAAUUAUAUGAAGUUAGUGUAAGAUUAAAAUUUGUAAGAGAUUAUAUGAAUUCCGAAAUAUUGGACCGAUUAUUUGUGAUCAUUCGUUUUCGCUAUUAUAUAAUAAGUUAAUAAAUUUAUAGGUAGUAAAAUUACAGUACACAGUGUACCUAUAUGCAUUUUAUGAGAUUAUUCACCUAUUAGGUUCAUGCUGUAUAACAUAUUUAUAACUGCAUAUAUGAACUACACAUAUUAUGUGGUAUUCAAUAAGGAUUGAUAAAAACAUUUUGCAUUUUGUUUCAAUAAGACUUGAAGGUGAUAUUAAUAUAAUAUGUAACAUCGUUUAUACAAAAUGGCAGUUAACCGAUUAUUAUUGGAUUGUACUUACCGAUUUAAACAUUCCUUAAAAAAAGAUACAUAGAAUCUCUAUUAUUAUAACGAGUUGAGAUUAUUUUAAUUGCUGAUAUGUAUAUAUAUUUUAAUGCAUUGUAUUUGUAUGAAAAUAUAGUAUGUAAUAUGUUAUUUCAUUUUUAUUAAAAAAUUAAAAUAAUUCGGAUUAAGUAGAAAACGUUAAAUAAACUCAAAUUUAUACUUGUAGUUGCUUUCAUUAUUAUAAUUUUAAACUAUCAUUAUAACGCUGGAACCCGCUUAUUAUUCCGAAUAUAAACUAUCUCUGUAACAAAUUUUAUACAAAUCGGAUCAGCUGUUUCUGAAUGGAAGGACUUAAAAACAGAAUUGUACUUUUUUUACAAACUUUCGCCUUAAUAUUAAUAUUAAUAGGAUCAAGGAAUUGAAUGCUUAUACAUUGUAAUAUAUCAUUACAUAGUUGCACAUUUUAUCAAGUCGUAGCUUUCUUGAUCUCUUCAACACAUAAUAAUAUUUUAUACAAGGCGCUUUGGGAAAUAGAAAAAAUGGUAAUAGAAAAAUUAUUAUUUAAUUUAAGUACUAGCUUUUUAUUUGCCAGCAAAUUUGAAAAAUGAUAAUUUCAUUUAUGAUAUCCUAUUUCUGUAUGACGUUAUACUAUACAAAAAAAAUAACGAAAACCCAUUACAGUAAAAGCAAUAAGAUACCUAAGUUGAAAUUAAUCUUAAUUUCAUUACAUCUCUAAAAGUUGUCUUAUCUCUAAGAAGCGGUCACUUCCAGGUAAGCGUGUUUAAACUAAAAGGUUGAAAGACUCAUAAUAUGAGAAAAAUAAUAUAUGUGUGUAGAAAUUGUUAUACUAGAAAGAGUUCAAAAAUAUACUUACAUUUGUUUCUUACUUUAUUACCCCAAUGCACUGUAGUCUUUUUCAAGUCUCAACAUUAUUAUUUUUAUACUAUUUAUAUACAAUUUUAUUGUUUGCGUAUCUUUGCUGAAAUGUGCUCAAAAACUAGGUAUGAAAACUUGUCUUAGUGUUUGUAUGGCUUAUGAUACUUUUCUUUAAUGAAAUAAAAUACUUUUUCUGUAUUGCUACUGUGAUUUUUCAACACGUAUAUGUAUUUUAUUGUAGAAAAUAAAUUGAUAUUUGUUGUUA